AUGAGGCCCUGGAAGAGAAAGAACGUGAAGGAACAGAGCGAAUGGUUCUUGAAGAAUGGCAGCACUUUCCUGCAGGAACUCAUUGCUGACUCUAACGGUAUUUCAAACCCGAUCCGGUUCUUCUCUUCUGAUCAAAUCCUCAAGGCUACGGAUGGAUUCGAUCCCAAUCGUUAUCUCUCUCGUCAUAGAUUAUUCAGCUGGUACAAGGGUGUCAUCGAAGACCGACCUUACGCGAUCAAGAAGUUCACUGAGUCAGAAUUUACAGCUGAGAGGGACCGAGAGGUUUACAACGACAUCGUCUUAUCUGCUCGGGUAAGCAAUCUCAGUAGUUUUCUCAAACUUUUGGGAUGUUCUCUCGAGUUUCCCCUUCCGGUUAUGGUAUUCGAGUACCCAGAGAAUGGAGUUUUGAACGAGUUAGGAGGUUGCGUGGAGUGCACGUUACUGCCUUGGAAUGUUCGAUUGAGGAUUGCCAAGGAGGUAGCAGUUGCUGUGACUUAUCUUCACACGGCUUUCCCUAGGAUUAUAAUACACAGAGAUGUCAAGCAGACGAAUGUUUUCUUGGAUAAGAACUGGAAGGCUAAGCUCACUGAUUUCACGUUUUCAGUAACACUCCCUGAGGGGAAGUCAUGGAUUAAAGAUGAAGUGAUGGGAACUUUGGGAUACAUAGAUCCUGUUUAUGUUAUGAAAGGCUUAGUGACACAGUACACAGAUGUGUUCAGCUUUGGAAUCUUUAUGUUGGUUCUUCUGAUGGGAAGACCAGCAAUUUUUGCUUUAUCAAGUGGUCUUAAUUGUAAUAUUCUAAAUUAUUUGAAGGGUCUGCGAGAAAGAGGAGAGCCCGUAGAUUUCGGGGGUGGUUCAAACGACAUGAGGCCUUGUCAGAUGAAAAUGUUUCUCGACCUGGCAUUGAGAUGCUGUGAGAAGAGGAAUGAAGACAGGCCAAAUAUGAUCUUGGUGGCAAAAGAGAUUAAGCUAAUAGGACAAGGGUCACUCGAUUUUUCUGUGGAUGGUUAG